GAGGUUGCUCUGCAUUCGGUCACUCGUGUUUCGGUGGACAUGGCAAAAGAUCUGGAGAUACUUCUGGUAUGGAGCCGAGUUCUGAAAUGAUAGCCAGGCAUCAGCUAGGACAAGAGGAGACGGCCCCACAUCCCAUUUACCCAAACUCUGGUUACAGUGGGGUGCUGCCUCCUGGUGAUGACAUUAUCCCCGUCAGAGAUGGCGGUGUGUACGACGACAGCGCCGCCCGAGACGUAAUGAAGUUUAAACUACGAAACAUCAUCAAACAUUGGAUGGACAACUACAGACGGUCACAGCAGAACGACGACGGUUACUUCAUGGAAAACUUGUAAUUGAACUAAGAAAUUUAAAUCCCCAGUCCGUUACCUAAUUAAUAAAUAAAACUAUCUGUCAUAUAACCCGAGGAUUUUGCU